UACGUAAAACCCACCACCCCCAAUUUUAUUCUCCUUAAUCUUAUAACAAUUGACGUUCUGAGAGAAUGAGAGGUGGACCACAAAAGACACACGUUGACUAGUCUUCAAAACUACAGUAUAUGUACAUCCGCGGCUACUCGUACUGUACCUGAGUGAGAGAGCGCAAUGUUUGGACUUACGUCUUACAGUAUUUUUGCCUUUACCUCGUUUUUUGGUUUUUAUUUUUAACUUUUCAGCCGUUGCCCACUCGGCCACUCUCAUGGCCACCGAUCAAAUCACCGCGUUGGCGCCCCCGGAGAGAGGCGCCGGAGGCAAACUCCGCAAUCUGCCGCCGAGAAAGCCGCCUCCUAGCCCUUACGCGCGUCCGCCGGAGGCCACGCGCCGCCGUUGGAUUUCGAAGCUUGUCGAUCCUGCCUACCGCCUCAUCACCGGCGGAGCCACUCGUAUUCUCCCCUCAUUUUUCUCUGCCACCGCAGCCGCGCCUCCUCCCUCUCUUCUCCCUUGCCCUACCUCUGCCGCCGGAGAUCAAGAUAAAUGGCAGAUUGCUGACCGUCAUCAAGAUUAUUUGCGCAGAAGUGAUAUACAUCUUUUGGCAUCCAAGUCAUCUGAAAUGGCUAGUACUGAUGACAUCAGUGGUAAACUGAAAAGCAGUUCAGACUUGGUUAUGUCCAGACAAGAUAAACAAGUAGAUAAAUCUGAUAAAAAUGGGCUUUCUGAUAUUGAGCAGCUGGUGCAAGGGAAGAAAUUCUCUAGAGAUGAAUUUGAUCGUUUAGUGGCGGUAUUAAAUUUGAGGGUGAUGGACCUUUCUAAUGUUGAACAAGGAAAGAAAAUUACAAAUUUGAGUUCUAGGAAAGAUGAUGAGGGGAUUGCAUUGCCACAUGAGCUUCCGAAAGUUUCAAAUGAACAAAGGCUUGAAGAGUCGACUGGGGCCAUAUGGGGAACCUCAACACCUCUUGGUCUGUCAAAGGUUCGGGAUGAAAUUGGUGCUUCUCCAAUAGAGAUUGCUAGAGCAUAUAUGGAUUCCCGUGCAUUAGAAGCAGGUCCCAGUUCUAAGAACAUGAUUCAUACUAUUGAAAGCACCAUGUUGCAUGGUGAUGAAGCUGCAAUUAAACCAUAUGAUCCAUCACCAUCAAAGAAAUCGUCAACAUGUUGGCCAGGUGCUGUGGUGCAGGAUGCUUACAUAACACCACAAAGUCAGAGGAAUAGAUAUGGACUACAUAACUUCCCCCGUACUCCUUAUUCCAGAACUCUUUUAACAAAGUCCAAGUCCAAGUUGAUUCGUAUGAAAGGAGAUAGCAGCCACAUUUCAUCAACUCCUGUCCUUCACUCACAGACUACUAUGUAUCUGCAGGAUAAAUCUAAAGCUGGAGCAUCAGAAAGUGGAAAUGGAUCUGUUGGACCUAUUCGUCGAACUAGGCAUAAGGUUGGUGCACAAUUUUCUUCAAGAAGAGUGGCUUAUUCAUCUCUGUAUGGCCCUUCACAGAGACAAAGUUCUGGUGUUAUUGAAAGUUUCACUUCUGUUGCAAAGAGGACGGAACCUGUUGGGACAAGCUGCACUCAUAAGCCACUAGGCCUUGAGGUGGGUAUUCCAACAGUACACAUGCAUACCAGUUUGAUGGCUAAGAAGAUAUUAGACCAUAUUGAUAGAAACACUCCCACACCUAAAGAGAAAUCUGCUGAGCUCAAGCUGGCAACGAAAUGGAAGAACCCUGAAUCUUCUAUUGAUUUCAGUACUAUCUGGUCAAAUGAAGAUAAUGGUUUGCUUAAAUUAGAUGAUGUUAGCCCUUAUAAAUAUGAUGGGCUUGAAGGAAAGGAAUCUACUCUAUGGAAUGAAAGUAAGGGGAAGUACCAUGUUGAUAUGCAACCUAAGGAGAGUACUGAUAAAUCUAUCGCUGUCAGAAAAGUAGGAACUUUGUUGUCUGAUGUGAAUGUUUAUAGCAGCAUCCCUAGACUUGGUAAUGAUGUAAGCACUACGCAAAAUUUGUGUUCUUCUAAAAAGGAUGCUAUGAAGACAACUCCCCCAAGUGGUGAUCAUCCUUUUGGGGUAAAUCAAGAACAGAAGCUUCUCACUGGCCCUGCAACCAUUAAGCCAGCUUUACCUCCUAUUUCAAUCAAGAAGCCUGAAUCAAGAUGGACGUUAGCAUCUGACACUGGCUCCGGAUUUACCUUUCCUGUUUCAGCAUCCUCCUCUGUAUUCUCUGAGCCACCAACUCCAUCCAUCACGCCUUUACUUUCUGCUGGGGAUCAGCACCAAGUAAAAGAAGGAUCUACUGAACUGUCAUAUAGUUUUGGUCUGAAAAAGUCCAGUCCAGCAGUAGUUUUUUCCUUCCCUUCUACAAGUAAUACUGCUAUUCAGAAUGAAGCUGGAGACAUAAAGUUUAACUUUGGUUCAACUAAGAAGCCAAGGUUAUCGUUCUCAUUUGGAAAAAAUGCUGUCUGCUGUUAAAAAUAAAAUGGCAAAACAAUGUUCCAAAAGUCAUCCAACUUUUUUUUUCUUGUGAUUAGUGUAUUUUUAGCCUUUAAUUAACUCUGAUUGUACUAUACUUUUGCUUUUCUUUUGUUCUUAAAGGAAAGAUGGGUAAAAUGAAGCCGUUUAGAAUUGGAAGUUGUGUGGUUUAUGGGGUCCUUUCCGUAGUUCUCAUGAUUUUGUUGGAAUACUGGGAAAUUUUGGUUAUAUGGUGAUUUCUUUAUAUUUGUAGAGGAUUAUUUUCACUAGACA